GCCCAUGAACUCAAAACACUUUGUAAUGUUGAAAUGGCUGCCAUCAUUUGUAGUCCAUACCACAUUGAACCCGAAGUGUUUCCAAAUAAUGAUGUUGCUAUCAGCACAUUUACAAAGUUUAGGGAAUUGCCAGAGUUUAAGCAAUCAAAAAAUAUGGUGACACAAAAAAAAUUCACCGAGGAAAGGAAAGGGAAAAUAGAGGAACAACUACGAAAAAUAAGGAAGGAAAAUAGGGUUAAGGAUUUGACAAACAAAAUGUAUGAAAUGUUGAAUGGAAAAGAUACUCAAGUUUGUAUGAGUUUAAAUAAUCUCAGUGAUCUUGAUUAUGUGAUAAACGAAAAUAUCAAAAAGGUAACUGAAAUGAUCAAAGGACAGGGUAGUGGAGAGAGUUCCACAUCAAAUUAUCAGCAACCUACUAUUGGACCAAUAGCACCAAGUGGGUCCAUCUUUGAGGGGCCAAGGGAUCCCCUGUUGUACCCUACUGGUACUCCAUUAUUGGUGGUACCUCUUGUGGAUCCGUUGAUGAUUCCUAGUGGGGACAACUUUGAGAGACCAAGGGCUCCUCUGUUAGACUCUGAUGUGGCUUCAAUGGAAAUGAUUCCUUCGGAGGCUUCAUCUCUAGUUCCUUUAGCCUAUACUUCUCAAGUGUCUCAACCACAAAUAAACCCUUCAAUGAGUCUCCCCUUAAUGGAUGCAUCAGUGCCGAUGAAUAACAAUGAAAACUAUUCUGUUGGCUUUCCAACGAGUCCUCCAUUGUCUGAAAUGCUGGAUUGGAAUGAUGAUAUAGUAACUUUACUUGAAGAUCCAUAUUUCAACAACAUUAGUUUUCAAGAUCCAAGGAAUGGCAAUAAUAAUUUUUGA